CACCACAUGAUGGCGCUGUGGAACUGUUGAUUUUUAUCGAUAUUCGAUUGCUUACCUCACACACACCUCUAGUCGAACGCUCAUUCUACAGUUUCCCUUUUUACAAUUUCACAAUUUCAUUGAAAGAAUAGUAAAUUAUCCGUAAAUUAGCAGUGAGAAUAGCCGGGCCGUCUACCUAAAGAUGUCCUUUUCGUUCACACCUACUACCAAUGCAGGAUUAGGAGGCGCAGCGCCAGCCGCAGGCGCUUUUAGUUUUGGCGCGCGACCAGCAACGACCACGGCUCCGCCGGCGUUUGGAGCAGCAUCUGCCACCCCAGCAUUUGGAGCUCCGGCUGCAGCACCCGCUUUUGGAGCAGCAGCGUCGGCCGCGCCAGCCUUUGGAGCAGCUACAACCGCACCAGCCUUUGGAGCAGCUACCACUGCACCAGCCUUUGGAGCUGCAGCGUCGGCCGCACCCGCGUUUGGAGCUGCUACAGCUGCGCCAGCGUUUGGAGCCGCUACAGCUGCACCAGCGUUUGGAGCUGCUACCUCGACGCCAUCUUUUGGUGCCCCAUCAGCUGCGGCACCCGCCUUUGGAACACCAGCUGCUACGCAAGCGCCAGCUUUCGGGGCCGCUGCACCCACGGCUACCGUGGCGCCCACGUUCUCCUUCGCCACACCAGCUACGACAGCUCCAACCACAGCCCCUCCAGCUUUUGGAUUUGGUGCAACGGCAACCACGGCUGCAGCAGCUAUGCCGGCAGCUUUAGGUACCGGAAUUGGAUCCUUUGCCUUUGGAAAGCCACAAACUACAACAGCGGCCAGUUUAAAUUUCAGUACUACGACGACGACAGCCACGGCGCAGCCCUUCCAAACAGGUCUGAAACUAGGAGGAAGCACUUCCACGACGGCUCUCGGCACUGGCGGAAUUUUCGGAAAGCCGGCCGCCCAAGCGGCUGCUCCAGCUCCUACAGCUUUCGUGGGAUUGGGAGGUAUUGAUGUGAGCGCCACGCAACCCAAGUUGGGUGAUAACAAGCAGGAUGGUAUCAAGAUCAAGGAGACUCAAGUGCCCGAUGAAAUAGUCAAGACAGUAGACGCCCUGAAAGCCUACAUAAAGCAGCAAAAGACUACAUCUUCGGAUAUUGGUAGGACCUCCACGUCGAAGUUCACCAAUGUGGCCCAUGAGAUUACCAACCUAAAGUGGGCCCUGCAGAAUAUGUCCAAUUCGGUGGAGGGCAACAACCAGCAGAUCCGGCUCUUGCGACAAGAAACGUCCAAGGCAAUACAGUCCUUGGAAAUGGCGCAACGCACGCAGGACACCCCGGCGGGCUUGCAGUUUGAGCACAGUGCUCCGUUCCAGUACUUCCAGUGCCUGGUGGCAAAGUAUGAGCUGGAUUUGGUCGCGUUCCGUCAGCAGAUUGCCCUUACAGAGCGUCAUAUGCACGCCUUGUCCAAUCCGCAGAGUAUCUCCCCCGAGGAUUUGAAGCGUGGUUUCCGGCAGCUCAACGAAAGCUUUAUAUCGCUGGCGGGGAGACUGCAUGAGCUGCACCAGCGUGUGGAAGAGCAGAAAGAACACUAUCUGAAUCUGAGGCGCUACCGCUUAAGAGACGCCACCAACGUGUUUGAACGAAUCGACAACCCGCCGCUGCCCUCCGCGGAACCGCAGAGAAUAAGCAGCGGUCCGACGCCCUUUUCCAACAUUUCGGCCAUUAGUAGUCUGAACAAAUCCUAUGCAGCAGCUACGGCAGCCAACACGGCGGGUAAUGCUGCCUCUAAAUGAAAUUUAUAAGUGAUUGUUUUCGAGUUUCAAUAAAAUCGUUAUGUACAAGUGA